AUGCCAAAUAAUGAAAGACCAUAUCCUACUAGUCAGAAUAGUAUAGCUAAUGAGAAAUUCAAGAGAUCUGUACCACUAGUUCCACCUAUUUUGACAAAAAAAGUAAUAACCAAGGGACAAAAUCAAAAUGGUAAACAAGUAAGUUUAUUAGGGUCUUCAAAUGAUGUUUUAAUUAAAUCAAUAGAACUGACCAAAUCCCAUUUCUUAGAUUCAUAUUCAAAGGGUCAGUGGAAUUUGUCAACUAUUUCUUGUCCUCCGUUUAUUGAUAAGUCUGGAUUUUUCAAACCACCAGAAUUUUAUAAUGAAUUAUCAAGACUAAACGAUGUUGGAAAGUAUAUGAAACUGCCACAUUGGUCAGAAAGUGCUUUAUUUAAAAGAACUAUUGCCAAAUUGAAAAAGAAAUUUUACUGUCUUGGGGUUAGUAUUUCAAUAAUUGAUAAUUCCAAAGUUUAUUAUAAAGUUGAAACAAUGUUGAACUUGAGUGUUUUACCCAGAUUUAUAUCAAUUGAUUCACAUUCUUUAUUAUCAAAAGAUUAUAUGUUGGUAUUAGACGCUUCUAGAGAUUGGAGAUUUUAUUCAAAUCCACUUGUUGCAAAUUCACCUUUGAUAAAGUUUUACUGUGGUGUGCCUUUGAUUGCACCUGAUUCAAAUCAAAUUAUUGGAAUUUUGUCUAUAUUUGAUAAUAGUUCAAAGGAAUCAUUUGCAAUAGCUGACAUUGAAAUAUUAAAAGUGGUUGCAAAUGACAUAAUGAUAACUUUAGAUACGCCAUUUGAGGAAGUAAUGACAAAAUUAAACAAGAAUGAAAAGAAAAAUAUCAAACUGAGUGCAGAUACUUAUUAUAACAAUUUAAAUAAUUUGAAAAAUCAAAUUGGAAGACCGACUGGUGCUACAAAAACUUUAGUAUUUGAAAAAGAUGGUUCAGGUAGUCCAUAUAACCAAAAUGAAAAACUCAAGUAUUUAAAUUAUAAAAAUUACAAAGCUGAGGAAAAAGAUGAGAGUUCAUCUGGAAUAAUUAGUGAUAAGGAAUUAUGGCAGUUUUUAAUCUCAGUUGGUUCAUUAAAAAAAGCCGCCACCGUCUUUUCAAAACUAAUAACUACAAAUUACCCAUUUGAAUUUGUUUAUAUUCUUGAAAUUAGAACUGCAGAAUUAUUUCAAAUACCUAGAGAAUAUUGCCCAACUGAAGAAAGUAUAGAUUAUGAUAAAUUUGAACUUACUAAUAAAAUGAUAAAGGUCAAUAAUGUUAAAGAUGAAUUCAUGACACGGGUUAUAGGUUUACAAAUAAACAAUCAAGCUGUACCUAAGAAUGACUUUUUCAAACAUAAUAUUCAUCUCAAAUGUUGUAAAUCAGAAUUUGGAAUUGAAGUAAGAAAUAUCAACAACUCUUCAGUUUAUAAUCAUGGAUUAUUACUUCCAUUUUAUAAAUUCACAAAUAAAUUAACUCAUAAAACUCAAAGUAAAGGAUUUAAUAGUAAGGAUAAAAUGACUGAUUUAUAUUUAAAAAGUGGUGGGUUUUUAAUUGGACUAUUUAAUGAAAAAUCAGAUAGAGUAUAUGAUCAAGAUUUGAUUUCAAAUAUUUAUAAUCACGCUUGUAUUUAUAGGAAAAUAUACAUAAAUACAUAA